GUGCCAGUACUGCCGUCUGAACGUAGCAACGUAGCGAACGUUUAGAAAAAAAGGCUGCCGAGCUACGGGGCGACUUUGUUUACAUUCGCGGGCGCCCAUAGGAUAUCUUUUUUCAUGCGAUUACCGCUCCCUCAAGGACUUCUCAGGUUACGAUUUUUGUUUAGUGGCUGAGAGAGCGGCUUUUUGUCACUACGAGUCUUAUUGUCAGUCACGCGCGAACGAAAGACGGGCUUGGAUUUCGUGUCACUCGCGGUUACGACGAAUUUUUCAUCACCGGCGAAUUGCCCUGGGAAUGAGACAGGAAGAACAAAGCCAGUGCUGUGACAGUGCUUUUGACGCUCACCUUCCCCUCCCUCCUCUUAUUUUAUUAUCGGAUCUCCGACAAAAGUUUUUAAUUGAUUGACGAUUUUCGAUUUCUUGGAAGAGUAUGCAGGCACAGAAUUGUGAUAAUACCAGGAAAAAGAUGAAUAUUGAAGUAGGUUUAUCAUCUAUGAAGUCCUUCAAAACCAUUUUUAUGGAAGAUGCAAAUAUCUCUGAGGAGAAAACUAUUGCAAACCAAGCUUCAUUGCAUAAUGUGCAGCUUCUUCGAAAUCUACCAAAUAUUUUAAGAAGCAAUAACACAAAAACAUCUAGAAAUUAUAAAUUAUUGAACAAAACCGAUACAAGUACCUCCAGUGCAGAAGACGGAAAUUCUUCUUGGGAAUUAAAUACAUCAUCUAGCAUUGAUUUAGAUAUGGAAGCCAAUUAUAAUAAAAUCACUUUACCAAAAUCGCAUCAUCAAAGAAAGCAAGUGCACAAUCCAUUGGAUGUUCAAUACGAUAUUCCUGAUUGCAACAAUAACAAAAAUAAAAAUCUACUGCAAGAAAUUAGUCAGUUAAACACAUUAAAUGUAUCACCAAGUUGUCAAAAAAAUACACCAACGAAGAAAAAAAACGUAAAGUAUAACAACAAGCAAAAGAAAAGUUCGUUCAAUAAAAACUUAAAAAAAAAAACAGCUCGUAAAUCUAGCAGGAAAACACAAGUGUCACGUAAAAAGCCAGUCAUGUUAACUACUAUUCCAGAUAUGAAUAUGAAAAACGCUAUGCAAGAUGUUAAUAAUUUUUUGAAGAAUGAUAUACUUCCUCAACAACAACUUUCCGUUUACAACCCUAAUUUUUCAAAUAUAAAUGUAAAUGAUUUAAAUGACGUUGCAACAGAACCGGUCGAGCCAUCUAAUAUUUUCUACUGUAACAACGAAAUUUAUAAAUUCGAAAAAGAAUGUGAUAUAAAUCUCAACGAUGUUAUUUCUGGUAAAUCGACAGAGAUCAACGCAACGCAGCCCAAAACUAUCCAAAAAGAUAUUACAAGUUAUGAGUUUCCAAUAACAGAGAAUAAUUUGCAACGAAAAACGAUAGACAGCUACAUUGGCUCUAAUUUUUUAUGUGGAUCCAAAAUAUUAUAUUCUUGUUCUUGUGCAAAUUGCAUGUCACAUGACAAAGAUAUUAUAUUUUAUGAAGAUCCAGUAUCAACUUCUACGAGCAAUGACGACAUGGAAGCAGAGCUUUUCAAUUUUUAUGAAGAAUUUGACGAGAACAUUUCAACGAAAGAAAAUGCAUGUAGUACAACAGAACUAAUUGAAAGCAGUACAAACAUGUCAUCCAUAAAUCAAAAUGAAUCGCAAAAUUUACAGCCUUCCCAUAUUGAUAGAAAAGAUAUUUGUGUAGAAUCAUGUCCUGCAGCAUUUGUCACAUAUCCUAAUGAAAUAACAAUGGAAAAUUCAAAAACUUUUGAUGAAAUAAAUAUCCCUAAUUAUUUAAAUUUGGACAGUUUUUCGAUGAAGGAAAAUAAAAUAAUUUCUCAAGAUGAAAUACUAAUUCAAAACGCUGUCUCAUCGAAUGCACCUGUUUCCAAUUCUACCUAUCUACCUCAGAUACCAGAAAACAACAGAGAUUUAUAUGUUAUGCAAUGUGCUCAAUGUGGAAAAUUGUUCAGUAAAAAGCAUCAGUUAUGGAAACAUUUUAGUCACUGUUACUUUUACAAGGAAAAUUUUCCUUGUCAUAUCUGCAAUAAAAUGUACAGACAUAAAUCAUCAUUAGCUCAGCAUUUACGGUUAGUGCAUAAUGUAUCACAUGGUCUCCACGAAAAAUUGGAGAAGAACUAUAUUUGUAAAAAAUGUUCAAAAUCAUAUGUCAGAUUUCGCGCUUUUCAAAGGCAUAUGCUUCUUCAUGAUUAG